AUGGCACGCAGACCUGCACGAUGCUAUCGGUAUUGCAAGAACAAGCCUUACCCCGAGUCACGCUUCAACCGUGGUGUCCCAGAUAGUAAAAUCCGUAUCUUUGAUCUGGGACGGAAGAAGGCGUCUGUAGACGACUUUCCGUGCGCCGUGCACUUGGUGUCCAAUGAGUAUGAACAACUGAGCUCAGAAGCACUAGAAGCUGCACGUAUCUGUGCCAACAAGUUAGUCAACUAA